GGUGAAGCUGAAAUCGAACGCUUCUGAUAUAACCUGGCAAGUGAAGAUGGAGGGUCGGAGACUCACCGAAGGCUGGCAAAAGUUCGCCACCAGCCAUGACCUCCGAGUCGGCGACAUAGUUGUUUUCAGGCAUGAUGGAGACUUGUUGUUCCAUGUCACAUGUUUUGGUCCAAGCUGCUGUGAGAUUCAAUUUGAUGAUGAUCAUCAUUGUGUCAUUCAAAUAUCCUCUGAUUCAGAUUCAGAGAAGAAUCAGAACACAGCAGAUGAAGGAUCUUCAUCAGAUCAUCACUCUUGUUUUGUAUCACGUGUCACCGCAUCGAAUCUACGCAAAGAUAGUCUGUUUCUCCCUAGAGGUUUCUCAAGAUCUAAUGGUUUGGUGAAUCGUAAGUGUGAGAUUAUUCUAUUGAAUGAAGAUGGGAUACCAUGGAAAUUGAUCCCGAGUCAUAAACCAGACGGCGAGGUUUACAUCAGAAACGGUUGGAGAAGUUUCUGCUUCGAAAAUCGACUAAGAGUCAACGAUGUUUUAACCCUUAAGCUCGUGGAAACCGGUACGACACCUGUUCUCCACCUUUGUUCUUCUUCAACGACGAGCCAAUGCAGAUUAUUGACACUAACUCUCAGACCAUACAAUUUCAAGAAGUAUAAACUGGUAAGUAAGUUUGCAUCAAUCAUUUCAACAUUGUUGUCAAAUUUUGUAAUGUUUUCGAGUUCUUUAUGGUAGUGUCUACCGGGGACAUUUGUGAAGGCGAAUGGUAUCGAGAAUGCGAGGAAGAUAACUCUCGUGGAUCGAUACGGUAUCAGACGGACGACGAGUCUUAAACCGGACGACAAACAUGGAAAAAUGAGACUGGGAAAAGAGUGGAGAGAGUUCUGUGAUGUUAAUGGAGUGAAUAUAGGUGAGUCCUUCAAGCUGGAACUCAUCAAGGAAAGAAAAGACACAGCUAAUCAUCUACUUAAGUUCUGCUCCAAAGUCUUAAACUUUCCCUGAGUUUGUAUUUGCUUCUGUAGUACUACCUACUUGAAAAUUGAACUGUAUGUUCUUUUUGUGGUUUUUGGCUAGUUUGUAACAAGGUUUUAGUAGUUUGGGAUGGUCGAAGGAAAUGCUAAUAUUUUGGGUUGGUUUGGCUGGUUCC